UAACGCCUUAGUAACUGGGAUACCCAUUCAAAUACAAUACAAUAAGAUCAUUGCUCGAUUCUUUACAAGCAGCUGAAUUAUUGCGGAAAGUUAUCGUGUAUGAUAGUUAUUUCGAACGUUUCUCCUUCAAUGAGUCGACCCUCACUAUGUCUGCCGGAAAUGGUCUGUCCGGUAAUCGAGUACACACGGCGAGAAAACUCAUUCACUUUUUAUUUAAAUUUUUUUUGUCAUGCCUUCAUUGAAAGCUUCAUCUUCCCCCUCGUCACGUAGAGGAUGCAACGGCACCCGCCGAGUUGGACAAGGACAAACGUCUACAUCUCGCAUACGGCGUCGCUAACAACGCGUUUAUUUUUUUUCUUUCAUUUACGAUCGCUGCGCCCCCCAGCGAUUUCGCACGCUUCGUACUAACGAGCCGCUGAAAAAGGACAGCGCAAAGCGGAAAUUACCUAUACACGUCUGUCCUCAGGUCGCAGCAACACAACCGAGGGAAAAAGGAAUAUGUGCCAGCACAAAAUGUGAAUGGUGAAAUAGCCAAAAACAAAAAAUCAAGAAGUCUAGGGCAUCCAUGUAGGCAUGUUUAAACGGCGCUGUCGAGCUGUCCUUGGCGGCCGAUUCUUUCGUCGCCAUUCGUCAAGGCAGGUUUAUAUUUGGACGAGGUUGGCGACGAGUUGCGGAAAGAGGAGGUAUAAUGCAGCCCCGAGCGUCUGUCGCUCUGCUCGCGCAUUAAACUUGCCGCAGUCCGACGGUACUUGCAGGCAGACCAAGAGAUCUCGUCUGAGCUACUUGCUGCGCAGCAUCAUCGAUAAACGCUGCUGCAUUUCUUCGACAACAGGCUCUCAAGAUGGCCUUGGUGAAGUCAGUUGGCGCAGUCAUACUGCUGGUGAUGGUUUGCGGAAGUGUACUAGGGGUGGAAGAAAAUUGCAACUUUCUUGACGAACACCUAGAGCGCGCCAUCAACUCCUUCAUUGAAAAGCUUCCUGCCGAACGUUCCAAGACAUUGGAAGAUGACUUCAAACCAGAAGAAGUAUCCAACAACAUCGAAUUCAAAUUCUUGGGCCUCAACUCUCUGCGGCCCUUCGGUCCAUUCCUGACUUUCUGCAGAAACGGUAGCAGAUUCGUCCAAUUUGAUCUUGUCAACAAGCGGCCCCUGAUUCUCGCUGGAAAGACUUCGAGUAACGACAGUAAUGCCCAUGAAAUUUUGAGUCGAGCUCUGCUGGUACGAUUAACCGCACAGUUUGAAGUGGAAGGAUCUGGGGAGGAUCUGAAGAUCUACUUCAAGGAAAACUUGCCGGUAUCCAUGGUCGGACUCAGCAUGCUACUGAAGACUGUCGACAAAGAAACAAAAGAGGACGUUGGAAUCAUUAUCAGCUCGCCAAAUCCGCAUCUUCUUCGCACCCUCUGGCAUGGCAUGUUUUACAGUGAACUGAACACACUUUUCAGAGAAAUAUUACCGAGAAAAUAAAAACUUUCCGGUCAG